GAGUAGGUGUUAAAUAGGAGUGCAAUCCAAGCCUACCCCCGGCACCUUCUCUCGUUCGCUCUCUCUCUAGAUCGCAACAGCAGCAGCAGGCAAAGGAAUUGAAGAGGGAGAUCUGAUGUACCUGUUGGUUGAUUUUAAUUUGAUUGACGACGAUCAUCAUGAUUGCUGUAGAGCAUAAAGAUUCCAUUGAGCACAUCCCUCGUGAGGUGCCAGGGAAUUGCCUCCAGAACAAUGGCUUCCCUUGCAACUUGCAGUAUACGAGGAUCCCAAUUGAAGGCUUUCAGGAGCUCAAAGAUGGGAUCCGUGGUCAUCCAGCGAGGGAUAUUGUGGAACCAGACAACUCAUUUAAUAGUGAUUCUCUCGAAUCGCCUAAAGAAACUCCAAAGAAACCCAUCAAUCAGCAUGAAUUCGGCAUGUGGUCAUCCUAUUAUCCAGAAUCUCCUAACAUGACGAUGUGCCCUAUGAAUGCUUUUGAGGCUCAGUUCUACCCUUGCUUUGUGGAUAACAGGAUACGUUAUGCCCCAUUGAACAUGAUUCCUCAAAGUUACCCUCAUGAAUACCAGUUCCAAGAUUUUCAAUACUUUGUUGUUAUUGACUUUGAGGCCACAUGUGAUAAGGAAAAAAAUCCUCAUCCACAAGAGAUAAUUGAGUUCCCAUCUGUGAUAGUGAGUAGCAUGACUGGCCAGCUCGAAGCCUGUUUUCAAACAUAUGUGCGUCCAACUUGCAAUCAGCACCUGACUGAUUUCUGUAAGGACCUCACUGGCAUUCAGCAAAUUCAGGUGGAUAGAGGAGUUACUCUCAGUGAAGCUCUCCUAAGGCAUGAUAAGUGGCUGGAGAAGAAGGGGAUAAAGAAUACCAAGUUUGCUGUUGUUACAUGGUCUAAUUGGGAUUGUCAGGUGAUGUUGGAAUCAGAAUGCAGGUUCAAAAAGAUCAGAAAGCCUCCUUAUUUUAACAAAUGGAUCAAUUUGAAGGUUCCAUUCCGUGAAGUGUUUGGUGGUGCAAGAUGCAAUUUGAAGGAGGCAGUACAGAUGGCUGGCCUAACCUGGCAGGGCCGUGCUCACUGUGGUCUUGAUGAUGCAAAGAAUACUGCCCGCCUUCUUGCUCUUCUUAUGCGCAGGGGUUUUAAAUUUUCGAUCACCGACUCUUUAAUGUGCCAGCCUGCAGAUGAGACUUUUAUGUGGAAACUUCCUCCCCUGGAUCACCCAGCUUUUACCUCAUACCAACCUCAAAAGAUGAGGACCCUGCAUGUUCCUGUAUUGCAGCUUCACCCUCACUGCUAUUGUGGGGUAAAAAGCAGCAAAGGGAUGGUUCGGAAACCAGGUCCAAAACAAGGGAGUUUCUUUUUUGGGUGUGGGAACUGGACUGCUGCUAGAGGUGCCCGUUGUCAUUACUUUGAAUGGGCUUCAAUAUGACCUAUGAAGGAUGAGAAAGUGACAUCUUUAUCCUUCCUGGUCGCUGCUUAUGCAUUAUUAUCUCAUGUAAAAAAGGGCGAGUGUGGUGGUUUUCUCCCAGAGGAAGCUGUGUCUUUGCUUGGGGUAAUGGUUAUUUAGGAAGUAUGUGUAGAUAGUUGGCUUAAUCUUGCGUCUAGUUACCGCUUGAAGUUGUUUAGGUAUAAGGGACGUGCAACCAGUUUAACAGACAUUGUGUUGACCAGAGAUUGAAUUUGUGGAAUAUUCAUUAUUGCUAGUUAUAGGUUGCUUACAUGCUCGGACAUGCUUAAUUAUCACUGAAUAAUGUGUGAAUUGUGAAUUAGGAAUGCAGCCUGGCAUAUUCAAUGAGAUUAUUGGAGUUGCUUGAACUCCCUUUCUUUGCUGUCUA